AUGAGUUUGUGGAAGGAGCGCACACAAGGACAAUACCAGAAAGAAAAACAAGCUGAGAGACUAGACUGAUUCCUAACAAUCACUUAUAUUUAUCCACAUGUUUUGGAUCCUAAAGAUGUUGAUACUUUGGCAAAGAGGGAGACUGAGCUCACUCUGAUUUCUAAGUAUUUCACUUAUGGAACAAUGGCUCUCUAUGGACUCGGCCUUGCUGCAAGAAUUUAUAAAAGAGGAAUGUUCCCUUACUUCAGUGACUGGGUCAAGCAUGCAGUCCUUUUCGUUGGUGGAGGUCUUGGAACUGGACUUCUCGCUGAAAAAAUUGCUUGAGAGACUUAUUACAACAAAAUAUUGAUCAACAUGUCUAAUAAAUAUGCCUUCACUCCUCAAGAAGUGACUGAGCUUCAGAGAAAUCUGAAUGAAUACUAUAUUGAGAGGGAGAGAGAAGAGGACCUUGCUAGAGGUGAUUAG